CAUUGUCAGCUGUGUUUGGACACACAGUGGUGGGCACUGCCGAUCGAUAAAAAUGGCCACGAGUAGCUUGAGUAUGUGAAGCCUUUGACUGCGCAUAAGCGCUGUGAAUGACUCAUGUGGGUUCACUUCAUGACCGGUGCUCAUCAAAUGUCUCGUAAUUGCGGAAGCGACUGCUUCUCCAUUCAUCGCGUGCGAUCGUCGCAUUUUCCAUCUGCCUGGAAUGUGUUCAUUGAUUCGAACACCCAGAUUCCGAGUAGUGCGCCAAACGUAGCUGUCCAACAGCUACAGGUAAAUUUGUAGAAGCAGUGGGACGUGCACUGCUUCGACACAAGUAUCUUCACUGAACACUUAAGUAUUGGCAUUGUGGUCACCAGCUCUGCUGCGUUGUAUAUACUCCUCAAUGAACUACUUAUUCUUUUAGCAGUGACUUGCAUGAGGUGGUUACCUUUGAAAAGCAACAAUGAAAACCUGUUUAGAGCCGUUAUAUCUCAAUCUCUUUUCAUCAACUCAUUUUUUGGUGCUCCGCGAGGUUAUUUUCCAAUGCGUGCCUACCAGCGUUCUUUGUCAGUAGACGCCUGCGUGUAGCGCAGGUUCUAAAUCACCCUACUGCACGGAUGACCUUUCGGAAACACACGAUUUAGUUCCAUUUUUCGGCACAUCAAUUCACAGUUCAGUAUUACCCUACCUUGUCUGUUGACCAAGGGACAUAGAAGCGGUGCGAAUGGACUGCUUGCGUGACAGCAGAAAGUGUACCUUAACCAGCCUCGCUCAGCCCGUCUAACCUAACGCAUGUCACGCUCUGUCGCAAUCCAUGUGCUUCGCGCACUGAGUCAUGCGACGUUCAAGAUAGUGAGAUAGACACAUAAGCCGGUUUUGCCUCACGCAUAUGUCGACCAUGGUCGAUAAGACAGUGGCCGACGAACAUGGAACCACAGGUGACGUGCGACGCUCCAUUUUUUGACCAAUGAGGUAUCGAAUCGUCCUGUCUCGGUGGCGAGACUUAUACUGCGCCAUAGACGCUCCAUUCCACUACACAGCCUGGUACAGGCUGUAUGCAUUCGCGUCAUAGGUGGGUCGGCAGCUCGUCCAAUCGAGCGAAAAAUAUUAAGGCCAGGAUUUCACUUGUCUACCAUGGAGGCCUCUUUUCGGAACGUACACAGCAAUUCGCUGCUUUCCACACCGGAAACCAUAAGCAGGAUUCGUUUCACGGACGUGGAGGCCGACCGGCGCGGAUUACCUACUGUGACUAACGGCCUUUCUACUUCUACGGAGACAUUUUUCAGCGUGAAUUCAAUACUUCCCAAAAAAGAUGUGCCAACCUGCAGUGUUACGCUAAACGAGUCACGGGUUGUCGCUUGCCAAACUUUCUGUGGGUGCUAUCCGGUGUGUGUCAGUGCAGAAUCCGCUGAGACCUAUGUUACCCCCGAGCGCUUCAUUCAGAGUUCACUUUGCCGCUGUGGCCAGUGCUACUCACAGCUUCAGCCGCAAGUAUCAAAGCACCCCUGUGCAGUUUCGACGAACACUGAGCGAUAUGUUUCACUUAAUUCUCCCUAUUCGUGUCCACCUACCUCGGCAGGGCAAACGGCAGUCUAUCCUUCAGAGGAUGACUCCUCAGCAUCUGAACUUGACACAACCAUACCCGAGAAUCCCCAAUCAUUUUGUCCAUUUUUGGGGAAAAUGAGCCACAAACUGAGCGAAGAUUCGCAUAAUAGGGAAAUUAAAAUGCUCGAGCACUUCUACGGUGGACACUUACGCUCUCAACGGGCGGCUCGCAUCAUCCAGAAUGCUUAUAGGAUUUAUCGGUUGAAAAGCGAAUACGCUCGUAUGCGCAUGCAAAAAGAAGCGAAUCGAGAGCCGACCGGUUCACUUUUACACCCCAUCAAUCCAGACAAAUUUUGCCAUCGCUCGCCGAGAUUUGAUCCACGCACAUCUCAGAUCUCUGCCAUAUCUUCUGGAAGCCUCGAAGAUCUGUUUCUCGAACAAGCCUAUGUUGACUGGGCGCUGAAGGCAGCCACGGCACAAGCUACCUACGGCAUUCCGCCUGUUUCUGACGUCCCUAGCAUAGCUGCGUGUGAUGGAGCGCCGUUCGAUUUGGUUCCUUUGUGCCCUACACCUGCCUCCUACGCUAUAAAUCCUUCGGAGCAGUCAGAUAGCAGUUGUUUGAUUAAUGGACUGCUUUCCCCUCCACAGAAACAGAACACAACCUAUGUAACCAGUACUGCAUCGCCACGUGAUUUGGGACUGACGGAACAAUCGGCUUUUCAACACUCUUCAGCCCAUCUUUCAACUCUCUCCGAUAUAGCGCCUACAAGUUACGACAGACCCUGUCAUGUAACUACCUCGUUGGUUGCUGGGGCGCUUUCUUUAGGUCGAUUGGCGUCUACUGUCGAUUCACUCAAACCACCUUAUUGUACAAACAGUCCUGCUCCUGUCAUGCUAUCUUGCGAGUUACCACGACGUCGAACGUAUCCUUCUCGCGAAUCGUCAUCACCUCCAUCCACUGACAAAAGCUCCUCGAGGACCGAGGAAUCAAUCAUUACGCCGGUUAUAUCUCCGAACCAGUGGGAUCAACCUCACUUAAGAUGUCCUCAUGCAACUUCGAGAUCUACCCACAUACCAUAUGUUCAGCAUACAACCACGGAGUCUAGCCCAUUCAUGGUACCCGGAUUGAGUGUCCCCGUUUCUUCCCGUCUGGACCAACAACCUGGAUUUCAAUGCUCCUGUUCACACUGUCCUAGAUCUCAUAUUGCCCACACAUCGGUCGCAAACGCUGUUCUGCGUAAUCGCUCAACCCACCUAUACUCGGUCCCAGCUUGUGAUCGGCUAGGUAUUCAUAUUUGUCCGGCAUCAACUUCUAACCGCACAUUUCCUAAAUCCACCUCACAUUGUCAUGCAAUGUUCGGUAAAUAUCACACAAAUCACUCCUGCCGACCGAUUUUUGUCGCUGUGCCUUCCUCGAUGAUGGAGCAGUGUUAUACCCUUGACCGCGAUCUCAGUGCGCCUCUCUCCCACACUCCCUCAGCUCCAUUGGCUGUAAAAUAUACGAACUCAAACCACAUCCUCUUUCGGACUCCUUGCUAUGUGAAUCACCGAGCCCAGUCAAACGGAGCGCAAUGCUGUUCAUCAACUUCGCAUCCUCCUUCCAUCGCUUCAGUGGCUCCAAUACAUCACACCACGACCCAACUAGGCAGACAUCAGCUUCGAGUCUGGGAGAAGAGGCGAAAGCGCACGUACAGGAUCGGGUUGAACCUUUUCAACAAAUCACCGCUCAAAGGACUCGACUUUCUCAUCAAAUGGAACUUUCUGGAUUGUGCACCGGAAAGUGUCGCCCGCUUUCUUUUAACUCGCAAGGGAGUGAGUCGUGCGGCUAUUGGUGACUACCUUGGAAACACCAAAGAUGAAAUGGCCAUGUCAACAACACGGCAGUUUAUGCGCCAGCUGAAUUUCGCUGGAUUGGAAGUGGACGAAGCCUUGCGUUUCUUGCUGAGUUGCUUCCGGACACCGGGUGAAUCUCAGAAGAUCGUUCAUCUUCUUACUGAAUUUCAAAGCGCAUACGUUGAGCAAAACGCGGACCGGGUGAAAGAUCAAUUUCGGAACCCGGAUUCUGUCAUGAUUCUGGCCUACGCCAUUGUCAUGCUUCACACGGACAUGUACAGUCCUAGUGUUCGACCACAGUCUAAAAUGACGAAGGAGGAAUUCGUGCGCAACCUACGCGGCGUCGAUGCAGGAGAGGAUAUAAACCGCGACAUGCUGUCGGCUAUUUACGAUCGAAUAAAACAAGCCGAAAUGUCCGUAUUACCAGAUCACACUGAUCAGGUGAGGAAGAUCCAGCUGCAUCUCAUGGGUCCGAAUUGCCCGACCAGUCUAGCUGUCCCACAACGCCGCCUUGUAUGCUACUGUCGGUUAUACGAGGUUCCAGACAGACACAAAAAGGAACGACCCGGUGCGCAUCAACGUGAAGUGUUUCUCUUCAACGAUAUUUUAUUAAUCACCAAAGCUGUGCAAAAACGGCGGCGGGACGCUACGGUUGCAUACCAAGUCCGUAUGUGCCUCAGCUUGUUGGGCAUGCAUUUGUCUACAUUUGAAGCUGCACACUAUCCGUAUGGAUUGGAACUUGCAACUUCUCCAACCGAUAGCGGUCCACGGAGCUCAGGUGAACCCAACGCUGUGUGCUCUGCACUACCCUCUGCAGGUAUUCAUACUCGCAUUCUUGUGGCCAUGAAUACCAAGACGGCUUCGGAUCGGGCCCGGUUCCUGGAAGAUUUGCAAGAGUGUAUAUUGGAAGUGGCUGAGAUGGAUCGUAUACGGCUGGAGGAAGAGAAGGCAAAAGCGGUGCCGAAUCAGAAGAGAAUCCCCAAAAAAAGCUCAGGGACGAACGGGGAGCGAUUUUAUAACAAACCGCCUGAUAUCAUAAUGAACCAUGUCUCACUGCCUUCACAGUCGAAAACGCAGCUCUCUUGCACUGUUAAGCCAAUCAGUGUUCCGUUCCUCACCAACUCACAACACAAUGGGGUCUUCAUCCGAAAAGCACUUGGUCGAGACUCUCAUGAUAUGGAGUACCGGGGGAUACUCUCUAAAACCUCAAUAUCCGCUGUGGAUUUCCCGAUAUCCAGUCAUCACCGAAUCGCCACUUGCUCGCCUUACGUGAUCGUACCAGGAGCACAGCUGAGUCAGCUGGCAGAGCGAGAGAUGAAACACUCUGGCUUGUUGGAUGCAUCCCAGCAUUUAAGCAAUGAUAGCGGCCUACCGACCGAUUUAGAACGCCCUGUGUCACUUCUGACGCAAGUGUCCGUAUCCUCCCCAUGCAGCUCACCGAUUUAACCCCUGGCCACCCCACCCCAAUCUCGACUUCAAACUGUAAAUUCAUCAUUUUGAUGCGCUUUUUCUCGGGUGCUUUUAACAUCCUUGCUAGGUUGCUAUUGGUGAUACGCUUUCCGAUUCCGUUCAGCACUGACGCUAAUCUGUGAUACUUUGGAGUCCCCCUUAGUCCAACUGUUUUUGGAUUCUUUGGAAGCUUUAUUUCAAUCCAUUGCUAACUUUAUUAUUUAUUACAAAUCCAGCACCCUUGAGGCUGUAAAAUGUUAAACCGUAUGUACCACUAGCGGUUGAACGUUAUUACCUCACUUAAACCCUUUCUCAGCAUUUAAAUACAGCCUAUGUUUUCUAUUCAAAGUUAACAACUAUGGCUUACCCAACCAACAGGUGUCAAAUUCCUGCAGUUACUGAACAAUUCUGUCCGCGUAACUGGUAUUUUCAAAUUGUCUAACUUGGACGAGUUGGUAUGAGAAACUUCAGAAACGCAAUGUUUACAUGUUCACAAGCCAAUCCACGUUCUGGCGUCUCUGGUACUACCCAACUUGGUGCUCCAUGCAUUUACACUGUUUCUGUAUACUGGGAAAACUCAUCCGAAUGCAUUUUUGAGCAUGUCGACUGCCGAUGUGAGCCCGAGGCCGAUGUAUAUGUUCAUAUAAGAAAGUAAACUCGGCCCCCAAUAUAGUAUGGAGACGACAAACACUAUGACAAUAUGCUAACGCAAAUAAACCUGAGGACAUCAGUCUCUGUUGACC